CAAUGGGAGGCGAGGAGGGGCUUGAAAGGCGUUGCGUGUGGCCAAUAGAAGGCGAGGUAGGCGGGGCGUGGUCAAAUCAGGCUCGGCAAGUGUUGAGGGGGGAGGAAGUGAAGGAGCGUGAUGCUACAACCUCCUUAUAAAGCCUCUCUCACGUCCUGCCGUGGAAAUUAGAAAUUAGAGCCUUACAAUUGAGCUCUCUUUCACUCGGUUACUCGCACGCACACUUUUGGGCUCCAACACCGCCGACGCCAUGACGUGGACAGACGCUGGGGACAUGCUCCGUAGGGCCGAGACGCCUCUCUUCUGGGUCGGCGCCUUCACGGUGGCCUCGCUGCUUCUGUGGCUCCUCUACCGGCUCCUGUCCGGCUUUAGGGUGUGGGUGCUGGGCAACGGGCAGCUGAUCUCCCCCCGGCUGGGCAAGUGGGCAGUUGUGACGGGGGCCACUGAUGGAAUCGGAAAAUCCUAUGCGGAGGAGCUUGCUCGUCGAGGGUUUGCCAUGGUGUUGAUCAGCCGCUCCCAACACAAACUGGAUGACGUGGCCAGGUCACUUGAGGACCGGUUUGGAGUGGAGACAAAGACCAUCGCGGCGGACUUUGGCAAAACCAACAUUUACCCGACCAUCGAGGCAGGACUGUCAGGCCUGGAGAUUGGUGUUCUUGUCAAUAAUGUUGGUGUGUCCUAUCGAUACCCUGAAUACUACCUUCAUAUUCCGGAUCUCGACAAUUUCAUCACCAACAUGAUCAACGUCAACAUGACUUCAGUGUGCCAGAUGACCCGCCUGGUGCUGCCCGGAAUGGCUAACAGAUCCAAAGGUAUCAUCCUCAACAUCUCCUCGGCCAGUGGCAUGUACCCCGUCCCUCUGCUCACCAUCUACUCGGCCACAAAGGCUUUUGUGGACUUCUUCUCCCGUGGCCUCCAGGAAGAGUACAGGCGUCAGGGCAUCAUCAUCCAGAGCGUGUUGCCUUUCUUCGUGGCUACCAAGAUGACCCGCAUCAGAAAGCCCACCCUGGACAAGCCCACCCCGGAGCGUUACGUGGCCGCCGAGCUCAACACCGUGGGCCUGCAGAGUCAGACCAACGGAUACUUUCCACACGCCGUCAUGGGCUGGGUGACCACCAAGAUAGUUCCUAUCGGCAUCGUCAUCUUCUUGGGAGCACGCAUGAACCGCCUCCAGCGUACGGGAUACCUGCACAGGAGGAAGUUGCGCGAGCAGAAGAACGGAACCGGCUUGAAGACAGACUGAGACCAACAAUGUGACCCCAAUGCAGUGUUUAACAAGUGUGCGUGUGUAAGUGCUCCCUUCUGGGGGUCCUGUCAGAGAACUCGGGUGUGUGAGUCGGUGUGUUACUGAAGAACCUCUACAAAAAAAGACCUGCCAUGUUACUUGAGAUUAGAUGCAACUGCCUUUAAAAUAGGGAAGAAUAAAUAAUUAAACUGGUUUGUUAAACCCUGCUGUUGUAAGCAGUGGAAAAUGGUGGUGGGCUUUUUUUUUUACAUUCAUAUAUAUAUAUAUGAAUGUAAAAUUAUUUAUUUUAUUACUAUAAGACCUCACACAUACACAACCUGUUGCUUUAAGAGUGAGUUUCCAAGUCGCGUUUAAUUGUCCGUUAAGUGUUGACAUUAUUUAUUAUGACGACGGCUUGUGCUGGAAUGCUGUUUGUUACAAACCAAGGUAUCACUGUAUUUGUUUUGUUUUGUUUGUUUGUUUGACAAGCUACACAGAAAUGCCUUUCAAUGGUCGUUGAUAUUUGAAUUACAAGGGAAUAAGACAUUGUUCUCUUUUUCUUUUUAUACACACAUACCAUUUUGGUGUGCCUCAAUAAUGGACCAAAAUAUUCACAGAUGAAACCUUAACUUCACAUAUUUUUCAGCAGGGAUAGUCUGAGUUAGGUGUAUGCAAUGUUCUUAUGAGUGCCUCUGGGUAGAUAGCAAUCUUUUUAUAAUGCUUAAAAAUUUCCACUUUCUCAUAUGCAGUGUUUACUUCUGAUUGUAGCUUUUUUUUGCUACCGUUUGUUAAUAAAAGUACACGUUUGACAGUU